AUAAAUUUGCCAGUGUUACAAGUUUUAGAUGAGCAAUGGAAAACCCAGAUUUUUGCCUCCAAAACUGGAUUUAGAAUGACCAAGUUCAAUGAACCAAUGAUUAUAUCUUGGUACGAUGAUUUCUGAUUGAAACGAUUUUCAUGACGAAGGUUAACUAAUCCAUAAUUGUUGUCAAUUGAGUCUGAUGCUUCCUUAGCAUGAGCUUGUGCACCUAAGCAUUUGAACUAAGUCAAAGCUAAUUGGAACUGCUAUUCCAGCUUGGUACAUUGAGAGGAAGAAAGCUUAUCUUGCUGUCAAUGGAGAAAAGCUUCCAACUUGCAGCAAUGAACCUGAUCCUUGUCCAUCAACAAGAACAAGAUGCCCUUUUUUUCUAAUCUAGAUUAGAGUAAGCCCAUUUCAAGAUUUAGGCCUAGUUUCAAUGGUAAUGGGCUUGCCUAGUUUCAAAGGCAUCAACCCAAAAAAGCAACAACAAAAAAAAAACGAAAAAGGAGUAUCUCUCUUUCUUUGCCUCGAAUGCUUUAAAGCCUAAAACGGAUUCCCAGUCAUCCCUAGUUUCUUUUUUCUUUUAAAGGGUAAACUUUGCGUUCUUUGUUAUUUAAUUCCAGCAGAGAAUAAUGAGAUCUAUCUCUGCUAAGAAGGAUAUGGUUUUGAAGGGUUUAUGAGGUCUGCAGCAUUCUGAGGCAGGAGAUCAAUUGAGUGUAUUCCCCAUUGUAUGCAUUUAUAGCACAGAAUGGCAGAUGGAAUAUCAAGCUUUUGGGGACCUGUCACAUCUACUACCGAGUGUUGGGAGAAGAAUUAUGCCUGCUCCUCUUAUAUCGCAGAAUUUUACAAUACCAUAUCAAAUAUCCCAACGAUUCUUUUAGCACUCAUUGGCCUUGUAAAUGCUGUAAGACAAAGGUUUGAGAAAAGGUUCAGCAUUCUUCAUGUAUCUAAUAUGAUACUUGCCAUUGGAAGCAUGUUAUACCAUGCCACCUUGCAAAGUGUGCAACAACAGAGUGAUGAAACUCCUAUGGUGUGGGAGAUGCUUCUAUAUAUGUACAUCCUUUACUCUCCAGAUUGGCACUAUCGCAGCACAAUGCCCACUUUCCUUUUUCUCUACGGUGCUGUUUUUGCUGUCGUUCAUUCCGUUGUUCACUUUGGCAUUGGCUUCAAGGUGCAUUAUGUGAUUCUCUGCCUUCUCUGUAUCCCGCGAAUGUACAAGUACUACAUUCACACCCAAGAUGCCUCUGCUAAGCGGCUUGUGAAGUUGUAUACGGCAACUCUUUCCCUAGGUAGUUUAUGCUGGUUCUGCAAUCGUGUAUUUUGCAAACAGAUGUCAAGAUGGCCAAUGAAUCCUCAGGGUCAUGCCCUAUGGCAUGUCUUCAUGGGUUUCACUUGCUACUUCGCAAACACGUUUUUAAUGUUCUGUCGUGCUCAGCAACGGGGAUGGUCCCCAAAAGUUGUCUAUUUUAUGGGCAUUCUCCCCUAUGUGAAGAUUGAGAAACCAAAAACUCAAUGACAAAUUGAGGAGGAAAUUCUGCAGUAUAGUUUUCCUUUCCCCGCAGUUGGAGGUAGGCAAGAAAAGCAAUGACAAGGUCAGUCUAAAUUUUUUGUUCAUCUGAAUGGAUUGAAAGGAUGAUUAAUGAUCCAAGUUUUCGGUCAGGAUUUCACUGAAAUUUACUUUGUGCAAGUAGAAGAUGUACCAUAUUUAAAUCCUUUUGUUAGAUGUGUCUUAAUAGUUAGGUUUGUUUUUGUGGAAUGUGCAAUGCUGAGGAUAAAUUUGCCAUUGGACACUAGGCAAAUUAUGAAUUUUGGUUCUGUUAAAUUCUUCUUGAAUUUGGUCAUUAAUCAAGCUGAAAUUUCCUCUUUGGCUUGUUGUAGAUUGUUUAUAUAUUCAAUUUUAUUCAACCAAGCUAUGAAUUUUGCAUUCACGCU